UAAUUAUUAUUAAUUAAUUAAUGUAAUUAAAAUAUUAACCAUUCAACAUGUAACUGAACUUAACCCGUAACUGACAUUUGAAUGCAUGAACAGAAACACCCCCAUUUUCAUGAAACUAAUAAAUACCAAUUAAGGGCUUGAGAAUCCGUCGCCAACAUCAGCUCGAAUUCCCCAACAAUGGCAGAAACGCCGGUCCGAUUCGGAGUGUUGGGCUGCGCCAACAUUGCGAGGAAGAUGUGCCGAGCCAUCGACCUCUCGCCCAACUCCAUCCUCUACGCAAUAGCAAGCCGUUCUCUCCACAAAGCCUCAAGGUUUGCAGAAGAAACCGGCUUCUCUUCGCCGGUGCCGAAGGUCUACGGAAGCUACGAGGCGGUGCUCGACGACCAUGACGUCGACGCAGUCUACAUUCCUCUCCCGACGGGGCUGCACCUCCGUUGGGCUGUGCUGGCCGCCGGGAAGCGGAAGCACGUUCUGCUAGAGAAGCCGGCUGCGCUCAACUUGUCGGAGCUUGACAGGAUCCUAGAGGCCUGUCGGUCCAGUGGCGUGCAGUUCAUGGACGCCACUAUGUGGGUGCACAACCUUCGGACGGCGACGAUGAGGGGGCUGCUGUCUGAUUCCGAGCGUUUUGGCCAACUCAAGUCGAUCCACAGCUGCUUCACAUACGAAGCCGACCGCAACUUCCUGCAGACCAACAUCCGCGUGAAGCCAGAGCUGGACGGCCUCGGCGCGCUCGGCGACAUCGGCUGGUACUGCGUCCAGGCCCUCCUCUGGGCCGCCGACUACUCCCUCCCCAAAACCAUCACCGCCUGGCCGGCCCCGGACAUCAACGCCGCCGGCGUCAUCCUCUCCUGCGGCUCUUGCCUCCGCUGGGAGGACGGCAAGAUAGCAACCUUCUACUGCUCUUUCCUCGCCAAUCUCAGCAUGGAUCUCAUCGUUCUCGGCUCCAAGGGAAGCUUCCGACUCAACGAUUUCGCCGUCCCUUUCCGGGAAAACGUUGCCUCUUUCCACGUCGGUUCGCAGUUCAGGGUGCCGAUCCUGAGUGAAGAGACUGUGGCGAGCGAUCUUCCUCAGGAAGCUUUGAUGAUUCGGGAGUUUUCCGGUUUGGUUCUGGGGAUCCGGGAGAAUGGGUUGGAGCCAGAGAGGAAGUGGCCGGCGAUUUGCCGGAAAACGCAGAUGGUGGUGGACGCUGUGAAAGCCUCGAUUGAGAUGGGGUUUCAGCCCGUUGAGGUUGGGACUUGAUUUCGGAUUUUCUUUGCUGUGAUUGGAUGCCAAGAAAGUUUCGAACAUCCUUAAAUUUGAUGAGAUUUGAUGAAAUUAUAAGAAAGUUUUUAAUAAAUAUCUCAAUUGUUAUAUAAGAGAAUAAAAGGAUUAAUUUAUUAUUUAUUCUCUUUCUUCUUUUCUCAUUUAAAAAAUAAAAAUACCCUAUGCUACAACCC